CCGCGACAGUCCACUCAGUACUGUAAUCAUAUGAUAAGGAGCGGAUCCACGCCGCCGAGCACCGACACACCGGACGGGCUGAGCGGGGCACGCGGGGGCAGGGGGGACGGCGGUAGUUCCUGCAACUGCCGAGGAAGUCGAGUCCAAGCGAAGGAGAGCCAAACUGCCCCCCCGUAACGGAACUUUUACAAACUCUGGAGAGAGUAGAGCAGAGGGGCGGGAGGGGGGACCGUUCGGGAGGAAGAACGGGUCGCACUGACCGAAGGACAGUCCAGUAAACCGGAGCGGAGGAGCUGAGUUCACCCGUGAGUCAGAGGCGGUCUGCGGGUCGCGGAGUCCCCAGGGAUCCUCGCGCCGCCACUUCUUCUUCUUCUUCUUUGGGACUUUUAUUUUCUAAAAAAUAAAACAGAUUGUUAGCUAGUAGGAGCCUCGAACCCCAAAGCCAUGGUCGGAGAAACGGAGGUGAAGGAGAGACCCAAGUCCAACCCGGACUAUCUAAUGCAGCUGAUGAACGACAGGAAGGUGAUGAGCUCACUGCCCAACUUCAGCGGCAUCUUCACGCAUCUGGAGCGGCUGCUGGAUGAAGAAAUCGGCAGGGUGCGCAAAGACAUGUACAACGACACGCUGAACGGCGGCAUGUUCAACGGGCGCGACAUGGAGGAGCUUCCUGAACCCAUCGGGCCCGUGGCCCAGCUGCAGGAGAAGCUCUACGUUCCGGUCAAAGAGUUCCCCGAUUUCAACUUCGUUGGGAGGAUCCUGGGCCCGCGUGGACUGACGGCCAAACAGCUGGAGGCCGAGACCGGCUGCAAGAUCAUGGUGCGAGGAAAAGGCUCCAUGAGAGACAAGAAGAAGGAGGAGAUGAACCGGGGUAAGCCCAACUGGGAGCACCUCAACGAGGACCUCCACGUCCUGAUCACCGUGGAGGACACACACAACCGUGCCAAGAUCAAGCUCCAGCGGGCCAUCAACGAGGUCAAGAAACUCCUCGUACCCGCUGCCGAGGGCGAGGACAACCUGAAGAAAAUGCAGCUGAUGGAGCUGGCCAUUCUCAACGGGACCUACAGAGACGCCAAUGUCAAGACGCCCACCGCCGCCUUCCCUCUGGCGACCCCUCAGGCGCCUCGGAUCAUCACAGGCCCGACGCCCGUCCUGCCUCCCACUCUGCGCAACCCCGCCCCGGUCACCACGCCCACGAUUAUGCCCCUGAUCCGCCAGAUCCAGAGCUCCACCCUCGUCCCGGGAGCCAGUCCACACCCGGCACUGGUGCAGCAGGGCCCCGAAUCUGGAAUCAUCUACACCCCCUACGAGUACCCGUACACACUCACGCCCUCCAUACUGGAAUACCCGAUCGACUCAACUGGAGUAUUAGGUAUGGCUUUUCCCACCAAAGGCUAAGCAAUAGCAUCUCCUCCUAGCACACACAUGGACUGGCUUGCAAAGACACCCCCUUGUGCCUCUGCCCUGUCACCCCCCUCCGAACCACACAAACACAAACACACACAAACACGUUUUUUCCCUCAGAACAAACAGUUUGCUUCCUCCUUAGGGUGACAGAUUUCCUCAGCGGUCAUUCUGUAGUGGAGUGUCCAUUCCUGUUCAUUUCCUCUUUGUAUUAGCAGACUAGCGUUGUGGUGUGACAGUGACUUUAACGUUUUUUUUUUUUAAUAAUUCCGCUUCUGCUUGUAAUUUUUAACACGUUAUAGCAAACCCAUAGAUAUUUUUAGAAGCUGUUUGCGACUUAACAUAUGAUAAAGCCUAUUUUGAUCACCGAGCUAUAGAGUGACUUUGCUUACAGCUGAUGUUGAUGCUUAGUGAGAAAUUAGCGGUUUGAGUUCUUUUGAUUUAUUUUAGAGAGAGCAGAAGACCACAAAGCAACAAUUCUGUCAAUUAGAAGCAGGGAGUUUAUUUUAUGUGUUUCAGAACACGUUCACUGAUGUUCAUGGGUGGACUGUGAUGUCUUUCUGAUGAGUAACCUUCUGUGUUCUGUUUUUGGGAUUGUUAAUGGCUGUUAGCAGGUGCCAUGACCACUAAGGUACGACGCCACGACAAGAGAAUCCAUCCUUACCAAAGGGUAGUGACCACAGACAGAGGUUAGUUAGCUCACCAGCCACCGUGUGUGUAUGUAUAAGUGUUUGUGUGUUCGUGUGUGUAUGUGUGUGUGCAUGCAAACCCGACGGACCAAUCUCAGCUGUAACGCGGCAUUCCUAAACGAGAGAUAACUCGAUCGAGCAAAAAAUGUGAAUUGAAAUCAGAGAGGGAGAAGCGGGGUAAAGAAUGUUUACCCUCUCGGUUUGGAUAGAUCAUGUGACCCAGUCCCUUGUGACUCGUGGAGUCCUCCCUUGUUGAUCUCAGUACUACUUCUUACCACAUAAACACUGUAGGAAGUUGUACUUACGCUUUCUUUCAAAAUAAUUCCUUUCUUAUGCCCACUUAUGUCAUGACACAAAAGCAAAACGAUGAUUGUCUCUUCCUAAAGAUGAAAGGAUCUUUAGGUUUCACUACUAAAACACAGCGUGUGAUAACUACUGAAGUCUGUGUUACAAGCUCUUUUGUAUGAAUACUGUUGUUUGUGGUCUUAUCAGUCGCCCACUGGACUUUAUCAUUGGGGCUGUUUACAUAUUUCAUUUAUUUCCUAGCCAGAGUGGUGCUGUUACCAUGUAUUUAGCUGCAAAAAUAAAUUUGUAUAUAGGGAAUGCUUAUAUAAAGCUUAUGGAAAAAGAUCGCUUGGAAAUAGUUUUUUUUUUGUUUUAGUUUUCAAAUUUUUAUUUUUUUUUUUUGUUUUUAUGAUAUGCUUUUUAUAGAUAAAGUGUCUCCAUAUAAGAUUUAUUCAAAGUGUGUAGCCACUACUGUUUUAGCCCUCAGAGGUGGCGAUGAAGGCAGUGUUUUUGCUCUGUGUAUUUAAGAUGAGGCGCCCCUCUCGAUUCACGGGCCUUGUGACUGUUAUAUGCAACAGAAUGGACUAGUUAGCUGCAAUAUGUGUGUGUGAGCGUUGUUGUACACGAUGGAAAAAAAAGAACACUAAAAGGCAAUAAAGAUAAGUAUGGAAAAAAGUAAA